AUGUGGAUCACAGAGUAUCUGACCCCCCAUGUGAUUUUGGGUCCAAGUGAAAUAGAAAACUACAUUGAUGAGGAUGAGGUACAACGUACUAGUUUUAGUCAACCUAAUGCUGAAGUGAAUGAGGAUGAGGGUAAUGUUACUGAGGGUAAUGUUGAUGUCAGUGAGCCUGAAGUUGAAGUCAAUAAGCCUAAUAUUAGUGAGCCUGAAGCUGAAGUCAAUGAGCCUAAUGUUAGUGAGCCUGAAGUUGAAUUCAAUGAGCCAAAUGUUAGUGAGCCUGAAGUUGAAGUCAAUGAGCCUAAUGUUAGUGAUCAUAAUGUCAAUGAAGCUAAUAUUGAAGUUAAUAAUGAACAAGCUGAAUUGAAUGACGAUGAUUAUGUUGCAAGUGAGUUUAGUGAGUAUAUUGAUAGUGAUGAAAUUAAUGGGGCUAGUGAAGAUUCUGGUGAGAUGAAUUAG